GUUUGACCUCAAAGAUGACGUCAAUGCAUAAGGUCUAUAAAAGGUUUUUCUGACCGGUGUUGACCCUUUCUGUGUGGAGCUGUAUUUAUGGUUGUACGCCGUCAAUAGUGGCGACGACACCGAGGGAAUACUAUAAUGCUUCUCUGCUAUUUUGGACAAGAUCUCCUUUUUGGGCCAUCAUGUCGUUAUCCAUUCGCUGUCUGCACACUCGACCGGACCUAAUCGUCUCGUGCUCGAAGCUUUUGAAGAGCGUCUGGCCCUGUUCAAGGGUUGAGCGUCUGCAGCAUUUGGAGAACGAGAACUGCACUGGGUUCCCGUGUUCGUUAGUUAUCAUUGACCAUGGAGAGAACCGGCCAGAUUCCGUAAUCGGACAUUUCCGGAUUGUUCCGGUAAAGUUCCCGAUUCAACCGAAUAGCGUGUAUCUUGAGGCAGGUUGUGUAGACAAAUCCAGACAAAUGGAGGGAUUGUACAAACAAAUGCUGAAUUUUGCCGACAAAUAUGCGUUUGAAACCUUGGAGUGUCAACAGAUGUUUUGGUGGAUUUUCAGGGAUUUCAUCUCUUUUAACAAAAGUAUAGGGUGUGUUGAAUGCGCCGACUUUACGGUCCGAGCAGUUGGAGCUAAUGCACUGGAACCAUUUGGCACCCCGAGGUUUUGGACCAAAGACACACCGCCCCCUGAUAACUGGAAGUUCGCCCCCGAUGGUUCCAUCAUAACGAAGGACGCCUUGCUGAAUACGGUCAUGAUAAAGAAAACUUGUGGAACCAAGAUGGAACUUUGAAUUUUAUUUUUAUUUUUUUCCUUGCAGCCCCCCCCCCCCACACACACACACUAUACAUUGCAGCUGUGAAGUGACGUACAUUUUCACCUGUGGGCUAUCGACUUUGGCCGUGUAGUUAUAUGCUUUGUGUUUUUUGGCGUUUAAAGUGGAACUUAAACCCAUCAAACAAAAUGGAACAUUCAACCUCGGUGAUUUCGUCUCAAUCAAAGCCAUGAGUUUUGGCCCUGAGUGCGGGAUGCUGGUUGCUUGACAAGAUGCCUUCAUCGCAAUAAGAAAUACUGUAUAGAACAGCUACCUGAGCGGAAUGUUUUCAACGGAAAUGGUGUUUUAACUUGUUUAUAAUGCACCGGAUCAUCAUUUUAAUGUAAUUUUUAUAUGGUACACUUCUGAAUUUUUCGCAAUUAUCGACUAAAACAUCAGGCACCAACCUAAGGUUUUCAAAAACUAAAAACACUAACCUUAUGCCGUUGACGGCGCGCGUCAAAGGACAAUGCCGCUGACGUCAUCUCUGGGAGUUUGCUUUGUUAUACCUCCACGCUGUAUUAACAA